AUGAAUCCCCCUUUCAAUGAUGAUGAUGAUGAGAUCGAUGAGAUCAUGCAGUGGCCAGGAGCUCCUGGGUCCUUUACCUCCUCCGAGGGGUUUACCGGCACGGAUAAUGAUCGAGGUUAUGGAUAUUAUCCUCCGGGAACCUACUCCUCCGCCGACGUGACGAGCUUUACGAGUUCGGUGGCCUUCCAACAGGAUUCCGGAUGGAUGAACCCCGAGCCCAUUAGUCAAGUGCCAGAACCUCCACAACAAUUUGAUAGUGAUCUGGCCGAAAUUGAUCUGAGAUUUAGGGAGGACGAAAAUAUCCCUCAAACCCUAGCAGAUGAUCUAGGAAGUUCAACUAUAACUCAGAGACCAGCAGAUGAUCUAAGAAGUGAGAGCACUGCUCAUCCCUCGGGAAGGUUGGAUCAGAGAACGAUCGGAAUACCAAACCCCACACCCUUUUCUCUGCAACCUUCGCUUGAAGGUGUCAUGAACCAGGUGUUCAACAUCUGCAGAGAUCUCAUGUCAGACCAGACAUGUAGCCCUGAUCAAAUUUAUCAAGCGUUGCAGCACCUUGACACGAUCAAAAACUUCUUGCAUACAAAGCUCCCAGCACGCACUAUUUCAUCAGUUGGGUCCUCAGAAAAAGGCAGAGAAUCGUAUCGAUGUUGGAUAUGUGAUUCUCAGACGGAAAAAACAACCUUUCGAGCUUUUGGUACCUUCAAGAGACAUUUGAUUGGGCAUGAUAUAUUUGAAUUUGAGUGGCGCUGUACUGAGGGCUGCAACACAAUCCUCCACCGGCGGGAUAGGAUGCGUAGCCAUCUUAUUCACAGACACAACAAAUCCGGGCUGACCCCGGCUGAUGUGGAGGCAACUCGGGAGAGAUAUGACCCUCCAAAAAACUGUCCCCUUUGCCUCCAUGUGACACCUUCUUGGCCUGUCUAUUUCGAUCACAUUAAGGGCCACUGUCUCAUUUCCCCUGGCUCAGGGAAUGCCUCUAUCAAGGGCGAUCGUUCCGAUCGCGGUGACAAUGGUGGCCGGAGCGGCGGAAACGGCAAUGGCCAUGGUCAUGGCUCUUCUUUGGCUGGACCCAGCUAUUCGAACGGAGGACCGCAGUCGAACCAAUCCAAUAACCGGACUGGGGGGACUCCUUAUCACAGCGCGAGCUUUGGAGGCUUCAGAAGCAGGAACAAUACGCUUCCUGGUCCCAUAUCGCACUCUGCGUCUGACGACCAGCUUAACAGCAGCCGUCGUCAAAGCGCCACUGAUGCCAUUGAACAAAUUUCAAUUGAAGACUUACUUGACUCCUCUCAUGGGUCCAGGGCUCACCUCCCCAGAGGCAAUGGGCAGCCCAAUAACCUACGGCCUCCACAAAACCCCCGAUUGCCACGAGCUGAUCCUUCGUUCAAGCGCAAGCGCCGGGACAAACAAAAGGAGCCAACAGAAGAGGAGGCCACUAGCCCGAACAAAUGCAGACGAUGCGAUCAUAACAUGGCCAAAUGUCCACACUGCAAAUCUGUUCUUAGUUGCCACAAAUGUGGUGACGUGCCCAGGAGUGCUAUCCAAGUUGGAGCUUCCUCGACAAUGCCUGUGCAAUCCCUAACAGAUUCAACUUCUACCAUCAUCAGUUUGGACCAGUCUUACCUUAACAGCCCUGAACCAUUGGCGAACUUUGCAAUGCCUCAGAACAUGCCCACUCAACUGCCUGCUUACUACACUCCCAGCGAAAUGAUGCAGUUCUUCAACUCGCAAUCAUUUGACAUGACCAACACAUUCAUGGAUGAUGCAUCCUCAAAUGAUCCUUUUAUCAGGAUGGCAAGGGUUGACGAAAGCCACCCAUCUCUAAAUGAUCUCGGCGACAAGAUCCAAGAGUCGCCUAUGUUUGAAAGUGACACCAGGUUACUUCGCAGCAUUGGACUCAGCACAUUGAUUGACCCGCUCUCUGUCAAAAGACAAACCAAGCAAGAAAAAGCGAAACCCUCCGGUGGUCCGGCUCCAGGAUUAUACACAGAUCUAGCUUUCAGAAACAAUGGACCUUCGCCCAUUCCAGAAGCUCCCCAGCUGGUAUUCACUUGCCAAUGCCCAUGUGUAACACUCCCAUCCGUCGACUAUGAAGCCCACACAAGCCUCCAGUUAUCGGCCAACGACCGCGUCGAGAUGACAUUCAAGAUGUCCCCGGCGCGCGAAUCCAGCCAUCCCCUCCGCACCCGAGUACGAGUCUUCGUGAAGCUAUUUAGUCUCCGCGCAUCUGCAGCGAAGUCAAAUACCAAGAAACAGAGGACUCACUCCAUCACAUCUGAAACUACCGACGAGGACGUUGAGUCUGAUACCGAUUCAGAGCAAGAGCUCACUCCCACGUCGCCUUCUGGCUCCGAAAUAACGCCACUCCUCUACUGGACCGAGGAUGAGGAUGUGCAAGACUGGUCAUUCAGCUUUGACAUCAAAUCGGCUAUACUGAAACUCGCCCAGUGGACCAGCGGCAUAGAUGCCGAUACGUGCCAGAAACUACUCCUCUCCGAUCCUGGCCAUAUACUGGACUUGGUGUCUAUGUAUGUUGUGUACAAGUUCAAGAUAUCUUGGUUGUUGAUGGGUCGGAAUGGGCUCAGUUUGUUUUUGAGCAUCUAA